AGUCACAGUGACUGUCAUAACACGACCCCAAACACCAUUACCAUCAAAGAGGAGGUGCCAUGCAUUGACUUGGAUGACGACCACCACCAGUAUCACCACAAACCCACUCCAAGCCGUUGUGUGGACGUAGAGAUGGCCAGUGAGUCGAUAGACGUGAUCACCAUUGAUAGCGACGAUGAUAUCACUGUAGACGAGGACAUGACUGUCGACGACGACGACAUCGCUGUACUCGAUGUCAUUGACAGUGGCUUUGACUCGACAUCCACUUCGUCGGCGUCGUCCGCGUCAACGGCGGACCUCAUCGUCGAGAGGCCACAGAAUUGCAGUCAUUGUCAGAAGCGAUUGAUCCGAAAGAGUAGUCUUAAGUACAACGACCUCACGAGCGCUGACUUCUACCACAACCCUCGCAUCCACUCGAGUGUCAUAUCAGUUGAACUGAAAAAUAGGAAUCGAUUCAAUAGUUUCCACGAAACCAUUCUUGAAAACAAGGAGUCCUUUGAAAACAAAACUGUUUUAAUCAUCGGUUCCUGUAAUGGAGUGUUGGCUCUGUUUGCGGCCAAAGCCAAGGCUAAGACAGUGAUAGUGUGUGACGGCCCCGGGAUCUCGGAAAUCAUUGAGGCUGUGAUCGCAAGAAAUGGCCACAAAUUGUCCACCAAUCGGACCAAAUUCUAUGUGAUUCGCGAAGAGUUCGAUGAUAUGGUAUUACCCAAUGGUAUCGACAAAGUGGACGUAAUUGUGUCCGAUUGUGUCAAUCACUCGCUGUUUUAUAAGUCAACGUUUCAUCACUUGAUUAAAGCCAGAGAUAAAUGGCUGCGAAAGGAUGGCCUCAUAUUUCCCGAUUCGGCUCAUCUGUGGUUAGUCGGCGCCCACGACUCC